AUGCCUACCUUUCAGUCCAAGACUUUUCGUCGAACGACCACCGCAUCAUCCUCCUUCGGAGAGCGUUUUGGAGCUUUUUACCGGGCCCGGCUCACUCGACACCCUUUUCUUCUCUUCGGCCUUCCUUUCAUGGCCGUCAUUGUGGCCGGAUCAUUUGCUCUGACGCCCGCGGCAGCCCUUCGGUACGAAAGAUACGACCGUAAAGUCCAACAACUCAGCAAAGAGGAAGCUUUCGAAUUGGGACUUAAAGGUCCUGAUGGAGAAGAGGGAAUCAAGCGGAACCCACGCCGCAGAAUUAUUGGCGACGAACGGGAGGAAUACUAUAGACUGAUGGCGAAGGACUUGGACAACUGGGAACAAAAACGAGUCAAGCGAUUCGAGGGCGAGCCUGAUGGAAGGCUAUAA